GUCUCGGUCUUUGGUUAUCUCUGUGUUGUUUUGGAACUUGACUCAAGUAAAUGUGGUUCAAGUUAAACAGCUCAAAGAGCUGCUGCUCUUGUUGUUUUUGUAGCUUUUAGAUGAAAUGCAAUUUUCAUGUCCCUUUCCUCACAGAAUGUGGGUUAAUUUGAUUUGGCUUCAGGAAUCUGUUUGUGUCCAAGUAUGUGUGGAAGUUCAUUCACUUCUGAGCCUGUCACAAAGGAAUUAAAACUCUUGUCUACCUUCCUUUAAACUGAAACUGGCACGACGUUCUUUGGGACAGAAUGCACAAAUCCAGUUUUAAACUUUACAAUAUAUACAUAAUCUGCUGCUAAGACAUAAGCUUAUUUCUCUGCUUGGAAUGUCAUAGCUGUAUGUUCUCAGAACUUGCAUUGUUGCUUAGAGCUCAGUUUCUUAUCACUCACUCAUGGACCAUAUGUAGGGUUCCAUUUUUUAUUUGUAGCAGAAUUUAUUAUGCCAUGUAUCACUCACCACACACAAGUUGCAGAAAUCCAACUGCUGAAGUUUUUCUUCCCAUGGAAAAUCUGUGGUGAUUUAGUGCUUCACCUGUUGAAAUUCUGUCUGAUAUACAAAUAUUAAAGGCUCAGGUGCCUUGCCAGAAAAAAGCUGGCAAGUGAAUUUCUUUCAAUAAGAUUUUAGGUGAGCUGGAUGACAUUUCUUUAUUUCGACUAAACAACAACAACAACAACAACAACAACAACAAGUUGUUGUUGUUUAGUCGUUUAGUCGUGUCCAACUCUUCGUGACCCCAUGGACCAUAGCACGCCAGGCACUCCUGUCUUCCACUGCCUCCCACAGUUUGGUCAAACUCAUGUUCGUAGCUUUGAGAACACUGUCCAACCAUCUCAUCCUCUGUCGUCCCCUUCUCCUCGUGCCCUCAAUCUUUCCCAACAUCAAGGUCUUUUCCAAGGAUUCUUCUCUUCUCAUGAGGUGGCCAAAGUAUUGGAGCCUCAGCUUCACGAACUGUCCUUCCAGUGAGCACUCGGGGCUGAUUUCCUUCAGAACGGAUAGGUUUGAUCUUCUUGCAGUUCAUGGGACUCUCAAGAGUCUCCUCCAGCACCAUAAUUCAAAAGCAUCAAUUCUUCGGCGAUCAGCCUUUUUUAUGGUCCAGCUCUCACUUCCAUACAUCACUACUGGAAAAACCAUAGCUUUAACUAUACAGACCUUUGUCGGCAAGGUGAUGUCUCUGCUUUUUAAGAUGCUGUCUAGGUUGAUAUCUGAGAGGGGCAAAGUUGGCCAAAUAAUGUGUAAUCAGGUCUAAUAAUGUGCAGGAAAAUAGGUUAAAAAAAUAUGGCUGGGGCUUAGAUUGCUGCCAGAAAAUGCAGUGGUUUUGCUCAUAUAUUUUUAUAAAUACAGUAUUCAAGAUAUAAAGAAGAACAUGUUUGCUCUUCAAGUCUUAAUAGUCUUCAAUGUAUAUGAUAGAUCCUGUGUUCUCCAUUGCUUCCUGCUUUCCACCAUGCUAACUUAGCUUCGUCAUUCAAAUCUCAGGCUGCCCUGUUGAUCUAUUGCAUAAUAAAUACACCUAUGCUGGACAAUGUCUGCAUAUCUAGCCUCAAUGUUGCACUUUCCUUGCAAGGCUAACUCAUUUUCCCUGCAGUCAAAUUGCAGCAUUUUGUAUUUGACCAUCACCAGAGCAUUGAUUGCUUUUAUGACUGCUGCAGAAUAAGCUUCUGUGUUUGUGAUGCAAUUAGCGAUGAACAACCCAUCCGUCUCCACAGCUACACCGUUUUUUGAUUUUAUUUUAUUAGUAUUGAAAACUAAUUUAAAUCUCUACAAGCUGUGUGCUCCCCCCCCAUCUCCAUUGCAACCCCAGUAUGAAAGCAUUCAUCCUACUAGGCUUGUUUUAUUUUAUUUUUUGUUUGGUAAAGUGGCUGACAGCAAGCCUUCUCCAGUGUGCUGCCAUUUUGUGAGCCUUUUAUUUAGUUUGUUUAUUGGGCCUCUACAAAUAUCCUUUUUAUUGUGUAUUCAUGAUUAUUUGUGCUCAUGAUAGCAUCGGGGUGGUUAUUUGCAAUCCUGUUUUCAGUGCUGUUUGGACCUGCAAAAGUUUUGGGGUGGAACAUAUUGCUUCAUUUCCAAUCUGUGCAUAUCCCGUAACGCCCUGCUGAAAUCCUGUAACUUUUUAUGCUACAAAUGUUCUAGUGCUUGAAGGGUUUGUCCUGCUUUUGUUGCACUAAACUGCAGGAGAGCUCCUUCAGACAGCAGUAAUGUAACAUUGGGGAAGAAUUGCAGAACAACUAAGAAAAGUAAAAGGAUGUGUGGUCGUUGUUUAGUCGUUUAGUCGUGUCCGACUCUUCGUGACCCCAUGGACCAUAGCACGCCAGGCACGCCAUAGCACGCGUGGUCAGUCCUGUAUAAAUCCACCACUAAUGUCUUAUUAUUGCAUCAGUCACAUGUUUCAGAAUACACCUGCAAAAAAACCCAUUCUAGUGGAACCUUUAAUUUUCUGGAAGCAUUCAACCCUCUGCUGGGCUAGAGUGCAAAUUGUUUUUAAAAGAGGAAAGGAUGAAAGCAACAUGGCUAUCCUGUCCUCUGCCAUCUAGUGUGUACAGACUGGAUGUUGUGUACUGUCUUUGAAAAAGGACUUGCUAAGGUAAAGGUGGUGGCACAUUUUGAUGUUAUCACGUGACACUGGUUUUCCCCUUCCCCCCGACCUACUCCAGCUCCUGACAUCAUGUAAAAAUACAUCUAAUUCUUAAACUAAGAUUCUCCAUCAAUAUGAUACAAUGUUCUAAGGCAGUCUUAUGGUUAUCCAGAUGUUGUUGGACUCCAAUUCCAAUGAUUCCUUGCUAUUUGUCAUGCUUGUUGGGGCUGAUGGGAGUUGGAGUCCAACAUCAUCAGGCAGGCCACCUGCUUCCCAGCCCUGCCCUAAAGGGAAAAGUUGGGAGUUCCCAACUCAGCCAGCCUGCCAAACAAAUCAUGAUUACUCACUCACUCUUCCAUUGUCUCUCGAGACAGAUGGAUGCCAACAACAACAAAAUUAAGACUGAGUGUAACCUAUCAGGAUGAGCUGUUGUUUGAGAGAGGACGGUUGCACAUCAAAUUGGUUAAAAGCUUCAGGUUUGGCCCUUUUCAACACAUCUUUGCCAAUGCUUUCCUUCAUCAUAUGGAAGUCUGCAAAGCCUCUCAAAAAAAUAGUUCUCAUAGAUUUGCUUCCCAGGAAGCAAACAGUUAAUCAGUGUCGUAAGCAAUGAAAUAUUUUAUAAUGUCAAGUUUCUGAAGCCCAAACGUUUUUUUUAUAAUUUAGAGGCUAGCAGUGGCAAAUCGGAUCACAAGAUAUUAAUUGCUGUAUAGAGAGAAUCACAUGCAAAAAGUAGCUACCAGCUUAUAUCCGGAACAAACAGUGGUCACAUCUAGGCCAUCAGAAUAGGAGAAGCAUUCAAAAAUGCCUUUCGCUGAACUGGAGGCAGGCAGGAGUGGGGUGUUCCUCUGGGGGGGAAAGAAGUGUAAAGAACUGAAGGACAAGCCAUCAGGAACCAACAUGGUGGAAGAGAAGUCCACAACUCCCUCGGUGGCAAAGCUGGCAGGAAAAUUCCAAGAUCAGUCAUCUCUUUCUGGAAAGGAGAUACCAGUCACUAAACCAACCCGUAGAAAACCACCAUGCUCCCUUCCUCUCCACACAAACAAGGCAGAGCUUGGUCAGAAUGGUGAGCUAAAGCCAUCUUCACAUCCUCUAAAGGUUAAGGUAAAAAGCUCUCCCCUAAUUGAAAAGCUACAGGCCAAUCUGGCAUUUGCUCCAGCUGCCCUGCUGCCAGGAGCUUCUCCGAAAAGCCCUGGCCUAAAAGUAAUGGUUUCUCCAUUUAACAGCCCUCCAUCCACUCCUGUCAGCCCAAAGUCUCAAUCAAGUGAAGCUGAUGAGACACCAGUUAGUUUUGAUAAGCCACCAGAGGGCACUCAUCUUCAAUUUUAUAACAAGGUACGUACACGGGGGUCAAUAAAACGCAGACCACCCUCUAGAAGAUUUCGAAAGUCGCAAUCAGAAUAUGGAGAUGACCUAGAUAUAGGGGUGACAGUUUCAUCUCAGGAGAAUGGUGCCCAGGAGGAGAAUGGUGUAUUUAUGGACAAGAAAAAGGCAACAAAGUCACUCUCUCCUCCUGUGGAUGGUCUAGAUCACCAUGAGAAACAAAAAGAGAUAGCAUCUGAUGGAAAAACCCCACCAGGACUAGUGUCCAGAAGAACAGAAAGCAAUGAGAUAGAAGCAGGAGCAGAGGAAAUGGUGUUAUGCAAAGACAGCAAAGAAGAGAAGCCAUAUCAGAAUGUUUCAGGGGAAAAUCCAUAUGAGAGCAUCAAAGAUGACAAAGAGAAGAAUCCAGAUCAUGACAAUGCAGAGGAUACAACAAUAAAAUCACAGAAGAGCAUUUUGAGUGAUAGGGAAGAUGAUAUUGCUUCUGACCAGGAAAUAAAAGAUAAAGGAGAGAGGAUGGCUCAGUUAAGAGACAGUGAGGACACACAGCUGAUAUCAGACAAACAAGACACUGCAACUCCACAGCCUGCAGGAGACACAGAAACCUGUACAAGCUCCAGAGUGUGAUAGAUGUAAAAUCAUUGGGCACACAGUAAAUGGGAAACCAAGGUUAUGGAGGGGUUCCCACUACAGUACUUUCUUAUGAAUGAGCAAAAGCUCUUCCUUAAAUGAAAACCCCAAGGAUAUCAGUGUUUUCCUUUGGUGGUUUUUAGGCUAUUUACUGCAGCAGAUCUGGUCAUCUAGCACACCCUGAUACAGACAAUUAACAUUCUAGGCUUUUCAAGCUGGUGGCACACCAAGAAGAAUGACUGCGCAGAGAAUUAUUGUAUGUUGACUUAAGGAAUGCAACAAUUACUGGGGCUUUUAAAGCAUUUUUCAUAUAGAAAGAACUAUUAUGCAUAUUAGUUACGUUUUCUGAUUAAAGUGGACAUUUCCAAACCUCUUGUGG